AGCACCAUGGCGUCUGGCUGCAAGAUUGGCCCGUCCAUCCUUAACAGUGAUUUGGCCAAUUUAGGGGCCGAGUGUCUCCGGAUGCUGGACUCUGGGGCCGAUUAUUUGCACCUGGUUGUAAUGGACGGGCAUUUUGUUCCCAACAUCACCUUUGGGCACCCUGUGGUAGAAAGCCUCCGAAAGCAGCUAGGCCAGGAUCCUUUCUUUGACAUGCACAUGAUGGUGUCCAGGCCGGAACAGUGGGUCAAACCAAUGGCCAUGGCGGGAGCCAAUCAAUACACCUUUCAUCUUGAGGCUACUGAACCAGGGGUGUUGAUUAAAGACAUUCGGGAGAAUGGGAUGAAGGUUGGCCUUGCCAUCAAACCGGGAACCACAGUUGAGUAUUUGGCACCAUGGGCUAAUCAGAUAGUUAUGGCCUUGGUUAUGACAGUGGAACCUGGGUUUGGAGGGCAGAAAUUCAUGGAAGAUAUGACGCCAAAGGUUUAUUGGUUGAGGACCCAGUUCCCAUCCUUGGACAUAGAAGUCGAUGGUGGAGUAGGCCCUGACACUAUCCAUAAAUGUGCAGAGGCAGGAGCUAACAUGAUUGUGUCUGGCAGUGCCAUUAUGAAGAAUGAUGACCCCAGAUCUGUGAUCAACCUGUUAAGAAAUGUUUGCUCAGAAGCUGCUCAGAAACGUUCUCUUGAUUGAUGAAACCACAAGGAGUCCAGUGUUUAUGCUCGUGAAUUCUUUUUUACUGGAAGACAAGAAUAUUGACUAUCAAAUCCUAUCACAGUUGAAGCAGUGCUGUUUUUCUGAGCAGCUAUUCAUUCCAGUGACUAAAAUCUAUUCUGCAGAACGUUCCAAGAGGUUAGAAAUUGGUGUGUAUAACUACUUUUUUA